AUGGCGACCGCGUCCGCCCGGCCGGAAGACUCGCUUUCCCGGCAGCCCACGCGGCCGCCCCGGGAAAUACAUGCUGAAGUCCAACUGAAGAAUUAUGGAAAAUUUCUUGAGGAUUAUACAUCACAGCUGAGAAGAAUUGAGGACGCCCUGGAUGAUUCAAUUGGAGAUGUUUGGGAUUUCAAUCUUGAUCCUAUAGCAUUAAAGCUUUUGCCUUAUGAACAGUCUUCCCUUUUGGAGCUGAUAAAGACUGAAAACAAGGUCUUAAACAAAGUCAUUACUGUUUAUGCUGCACUUUGUUGUGAAAUCAAGAAAUUAAAAUAUGAGGCCGAAACGAAGUUUUAUAAUGGUCUCUUGUUUUAUGGAGAAGGAGCUACCGAUUCUAGCAUAGUGGAAGGCGAUUGUCAGAUUCAGAUGGGGAGAUUUAUUUCAUUCUUACAGGAGCUGUCCUGUUUCGUCACGAGGUGCUACGAAGUGGUGAUGAAUGUAGUCCAUCAGCUGGCUGCCCUCUAUAUCAGUAACAAGGUUGCACCCAAAAUCAUAGAGACAACUGGAGUUCAUUUUCAGACUAUGUAUGAGCAUCUGGGAGAACUGCUCACAGUUUUGCUUACCCUGGACGAGAUCGUGGAGAAUCACAUCACUCUGAAAGACCACUGGACCAUGUACAAAAGGUUAAUGAAAUCUGUCCAUCACAACCCUUCAAAAUUUGGACUUCAGGAAGAGAAACUGAAGCCAUUUGAAAAGUUUCUCCUGCGGCUGGAAGGACAGUUGCUUGAUGGAACGAUAUUCCAGGCCUGUAUAGAACAGCAGUUUGAUUCUCUCAAUGGAGGAGUAUCUGUGUCCAAAAAUAGCACUUUUGCUGAAGAAUUUGCACAUAGUCUUCGCUCAAUUUUUGCAAAUGUGGAAGCCAAACUUGGAGAACCUUCGGAAAUUGACCAGAGGGACAAGUAUGUUGGAAUCUGUGGGCUCUUUGUGCUGCACUUCCAGAUUUUUCGAACUGUUGAUAAAAAGUUUUAUAAGUCUUUAUUGGACAUCUGUAAGAAGGUUCCAGCCAUCACUCUAACUGCUAAUAUUAUAUGGUUUCCUGAUAAUUUUCUGAUCCAGAAAAUGCCAGCAGCCGCCAAACUUCUAGACAGAAAAAGUCUCCAAGCCAUUAAAAUACACAGGGAAACUUUCCUGCAGCAGAAAGCUCAGUCACUUACCAAAGAUGUGCAGUCUUACUACGUCUUUGUGAGCUCAUGGAUGAUGAAAAUGGAAUCAAUUUUAUCUAAGGAGCAGAGAAUGGACAAGUUUGCUGAAGACCUCACUAACAGAUGUAAUGUUUUCAUACAGGGCUUCUUAUAUGCGUAUAGUAUUAGUACCAUUAUCAAGACCACAAUGAAUCUCUACGUGUCCACGCAGAAGCCAAUGACUAAGACCUCGGUGAAGGCGUUGUGCAGGCUCAUUGAACUUCUCAAGGCAAUAGAGCAUAUGUUUUACCGGAGAAGCAUGGUUGUGGCGGACUCUGUUUCACAUAUAACACAGCACCUUCAACAUCAGGCUCUUAAUUCUAUUUCUGUAGCCAAGAAAAGAGUAAUUUCUGACAAAAAGUAUAGUGAACAGCGUCUUGAUGUGCUCUCUGCUCUAGUUCUGGUCGAAAACACUCUUAACGGACCAAGCACAAAGCAGCGACGUCUCAUCAUCUCUCUGUCACUCAGUGUCGGCACCCAGAUGAAAACAUUUAAAGAUGAGGAGCUCUUCCCACUCCAAGUAGUCAUGAAGAAGCUGGACAUCAUCAGUGAGCUCAGAGAGCGCGUCCAGGCGCAGUGUGACUGCUGCUUCUUGUACUGGCAUCGAGCUGUCUUCCCAAUCUACUUAGAUGAUGUGUACGAAAACGCUGUUGACGCCGCUAGGUUACAUUACAUGUUCAGUGCGCUGCGAGACUGUGUGCCUGCCAUGAUGCAUUCGAGGCAUUUGGAGUCCUACGAGGUCCUUCUGGAUUGCUACGACAAAGAAAUUAUGGAAAUUUUAAAUGAGCGUCUGCUGGACAAGCUGUGCAAAGAGAUAGAGAAGGACCUGCGGCUCUCCGUGCACACUCACUUGAAGCUCGACGACCGCAACCCUUUCAAAGUGGGCAUGAAGGACCUGGCCCUGUUCUUCUCUCUGCAUCCAAUUCGGUUUUUCAAUCGUUUCAUCGACAUUCGAGCGUAUGUCACUCACUACUUGGACAAGACAUUCUACAAUCUCACCACAGUGGCUCUUCAUGAUUGGGCCACUUACGGUGAGAUGAGAAACUUAGCCAUGCAGCGUUACGGCUUGGUCAUGACGGAGGCGCACCUUCCCAGCCAGACGUUGGAGCAGGGCCUUGAUGUUUUGGAAAUUAUGAGAAAUAUUCAUAUAUUUGUGUCUCGAUACCUCUAUAAUCUCAACAAUCAGAUUUUUAUUGAAAGAACAAGCAAUAAUAAACAUUUGAGUACUAUUAAUAUUCGGCAUAUUGCUAACUCAAUCCGAACACAUGGCACAGGAAUCAUGAACACCACAGUUAAUUUCACCUACCAGUUUUUGAAAAAGAAGUUUUAUAUCUUUAGCCAGUUUAUGUAUGAUGAACAUAUCAAAUCCAGAUUGAUUAAAGACAUUCGGUUUUUCAGGGAAAUUAAGGACCAAAAUGAUCAUAAGUACCCUUUUGAUAGAGCAGAAAAAUUCAACCGAGGCAUCCGGAAACUUGGAAUCACGCCAGAGGGCCAGAGCUACCUUGAUCAGUUCAGGCAGCUCAUCAGCCAGAUUGGUAAUGCUAUGGGCUAUGUUCGGAUGAUUAGAUCUGGUGGUCUUCAUUGUAGCAGCAACGCCAUUAGAUUUGUGCCUGAUCUUGAAGAUAUUGUAAAUUUUGAAGAACUGGUAAAAGAAGAAGGUCUUGCAGAAGAAACAUUAAAAGCAGCAAGGCAUUUGGACUCAGUUCUCAGUGAUCACACACGAAAUUCUGCUGAAGGCACAGAGUAUUUCAAAAUGCUUGUGGAUGUUUUUGCUCCAGAAUUUCGAAGGCCAAAGAAUAUACACCUCCGAAAUUUUUAUAUCAUUGUGCCUCCUCUAACCCUCAACUUUGUAGAACAUUCCAUUAGUUGCAAGGAGAAAUUGAAUAAAAAAAAUAAAAUCGGAGCUGCCUUUACUGACGAUGGUUUUGCCAUGGGUGUGGCUUACAUCCUGAAGCUUUUGGAUCAGUACCAGGAGUUUGAUUCCCUUCACUGGUUCCAGUCUGUUAGAGAGAAAUAUUUGAAAGAGAUAAGGGCGGUCGCUAAGCAGCAGAACGUGCAGUCGGCUAGUCAAGAUGAAAAGCUGCUGCAGACCAUGAAUCUCACUCAGAAGCGACUGGAUGUCUAUUUACAGGAAUUUGAAUUGCUGUAUUUCUCACUGAGCAGUGCAAGAAUUUUCUUCAGAGCAGACAAGACUGCAGCUGAAGAGAAUCAGGAGAAGAAAGAGAAGGAAGAAGAAACCAAAACGAGUGAUGGAGACCUAUCGGAGAGCGCUGUGUCCGCCGACCCUGUCGUGAAAUGAUGCCCGAGGGGCCAAGGUCAUCCACACGCGUUCACACUCUGCUGGCGAGGUGGAGGUCAUGGCUGUGACAAAUUGUUUCCUGGGUUGUGUUCUGGAAAAUAUUUAGGUGUUGGAACUCAUGAAGGCAGGGCUCUGAAGUUACAUCCAUUCCACUUUCAAAGGCUCUGCUUUUCAGAGGUUGAGAAUAAGACUAAAACUGGAUUUUUCCCUGGACUGUGGGCUGGAAUGUGCUUCUUCAGCAGUUGCGUGGCCGGAUUCCUGAGCAGGCGCCUCACACCUUGUAGUCUGCACAUGUGUUUGUAAUUUGUGUCGCGUAAGUCUCUGGUCCCUGUCACCUCCA